AUGUCCAACGAAGGAUCUUCCAGUUCCUCCUCAGACAAUAGUCGCACUCAGGCUACUGCUCUUAACCUUUCCAGGAUUGCCGGAUGGAGCGGUCCAUCUCGUCUCAAGCUUGGUCGCGCAAGGGAACUAUGGGCCAAGGCAAUUAUUAGAGGAGCACUGGACGUUCCUCCGCGCCUCGCGCGAAUCAAGAAAAAUAUCGAGACUGGUCCCUCGCAGCCCACCGCGGCCAAAGCAAAGGCGGCACUCAAAGUACCCAACGGGGAGAACGAGAACUCGGUUGUCAAGGAAUCCGACGCGCAGGAGUUAGAGCAUUCGGAAGCGUCUACUCAACCAAUCCAAGAUCUAGACGCUCGAACGUCCGAACGCGUACUAGCGACCAACCCAAAGCCAUCUGGCGGCGCGGCGGCUAAAUCUAACGGCAAGAAGAACGAGAAGGAAACCCUCACCGAAUCAGUUCAGGACUCGACUCAAGGCUUUGCUGUCCCCGCUACUCGUCGAUCGGCCCGGUUGGCGACUAAAGAAGUUCAAAACGAGGAUUCGUCUACUCCAGCUGCAACUACAACUACCAACGCCGAUACCAGCGACCAGCCUACCAGCACCACAACCGUCGACUCGGAGCAAGUCACCAAUACGGACGUCAUCGACGAAACGAAGCCAGCUCCCCGCCGCUCUUCGCGUAUCAAGAAGGUUCCUGCUCAGACCUCGUCCACUCCGGCUUCCAACGCUGGGCCCUCCACCAAGGACGUGGUAGAAGCGGUAUCCGCGGUUGUCAGUACCAUCAAAGGUCCCGCCCCGGCGCCCAAGUCCAAACCGACCAGAGGUCAGAAGAGGAAGCGUGCUGGAGCAUCGGAGCAGGAGGAGGACUGUAAGAGUGAUGAGUCUGGAAGGAGCGAUGGAAAUGCAAAGAAGAAGUUGAAGGAUGGUAUUGGUACUGCGAAGGGGACUAGUACUAGGAAGACGAAGAGGGCUAGGAAGUCGGAUAAGGAUGAGGAGGGAACUACCACUCAGGCUGGCGAGAAAGAGAAAGAGAAUACGACUGAGAGCGCUCAUGAUGAUGUGCCUACCAACUUGGCGCUGCCUCAGAAUGGAGGUGAGGACGAAAAUUGGAAGGACGGUGAAGAGAAGAAGAAGCUUACCAUUCGCGUGAAGCCAGUGAAAGCUGUGAAGAAGACCCGAGGCUCGAAGAAGACCAGAGCCUGA